UUGGAGUCUGAGUUCAGCAGACUGCAGAACAGACCGACGAGGACCCGACCGUUCACGCACGCGCUGCGGAUAACCGGCGUGGCAGUCUGACCCAUGGAGCUCUGAAAAGACGGGAUGGACACGCGGGGCGCGUGCGCACUGACGCUGCUGCUCGCGUGCGUUUGCCCGCUGAUCUGCGGGGCCAGCUGGAUGUGGCUGGCCGUGACCUCGGCAGGAGUCCCAGAGCUGCCCGGCUGCAGAGGGCUUUCCUUGAGCGACCACCAGAGAGAGCUGUGCAUCAGGAAGCCCUUCCUGCUGCCCAGCUUACAAGACGGAGCGCAGCUUGCAGUGGCUGAAUGCCAGAACCAGUUUCGACAUGAGCGCUGGAACUGCUCCACCUCCUCAGAACCGCCCCUGUUUGGGUACGAGCUCACCAGCGGAACGAAAGAGACGGCCUUUAUCCACGCAGUGAUGGCAGCUGGACUUGUGCAUGCCAUCACACGGAUCUGCAGCCAGGGUAACAUGUCUGAGUGUGGCUGUGACGCCCGGCUACAGAAUGGGGGCUCAGUGACGGAGGGCUGGCACUGGGGGGGCUGCUCGGACCACAUCCAGUAUGGAACCUGGUUCAGCCGCAAGUUCAUCGACAACCUGCCGAAGAACUCGUCUGUAAGGCGUGACAGCUACACCCUGAGCACCAUGAACCAGCACAACAGCGAGGCUGGACGCCAGGCUAUCGAGCAGACCAUGUCUACUGACUGCCGCUGUCAUGGCGUCUCUGGCUCCUGCGCCAUCAGGACCUGCUGGAGGAUGAUGGCCCCAUUUGAACGCGUGGGCAAGUACCUGAAGGAGCGGUAUGAGCGCAGCAUCCAGGUUCCAAACCAGUCCAGGAAGAAAUCACGAAGAAAGGAGCUGUCCCGGCCCGUAGACAAGUCCCAGCUGGUCUACAUAAACAAAUCUCCCAACUACUGCGUGCAGGACAGGAGGCGGGGCAUCGCUGGCACACAAGGGCGCCGCUGCAACCGCGCGUCCACCGGGCCGGACAGUUGCAGCCUGUUGUGCUGCGGCCGUGGCUACAACACCCGGGUGGAGCGGCACGUGCAGCGCUGCGAGUGCAAGUUUGUGUGGUGUUGCUACGUGCGCUGCAGGCGCUGUGAAAGCAUGAAUGACAUGCACACGUGCAAGUGACGUCUGUUCACACCAGCUGCUGUCACCGUGUGAUGAUGUCAUCAAGACCAGGAGCAGUUCUUCAGAACCAAAAGCAGAACCAUUAUUUAUGUGUACAUAUUGAUUUAGAAUCUGUGUGUUGCAGAGCAGACGGUACCGGAAAAAUGUUUAAAAACAAUUUCAGGAUUUAAG